AUGAUUGUUAUGUCUGUUUGCAAGUUCAGAUAUAGAUAUAAGUAUAGUUCAAGUUCGAUUCCAAUAGCACGAAAUUUAGGUUUUUUAGUUUCAUUUUUCAGUACUAGUUCAUUGUCUCCAAUUGUUAAACCAAUCAAUUGGAAUACUACCCAUAGUUUUGUCAGGGGAAACCCUCUACUUUCGCUCGUGGAGAGAUGCAAGUCAGUUGUCCAGUUGAAACAAAUCCAGGCUCAAAUGGUAUUGACGGGAUUGAUCGAUAAUGGUUUUGCUGCGAGUCGUCUUGUUGCGUUCUGCGCUUUAUCUGAGUCGCAGGACCUUGAUUAUUGUACUAAGAUAUUGUAUCGAAUCAAUGAAGGUAAUGCGUUUUCUUGGAAUGCGACGAUUAGGGGUUAUGUGGAGAGUGGAGACGUUGAAGGAGGUUUAUUGUUGUAUAGGAGGAUGUUGCAAGGGGGUAUGUUGAAGCCGGAUAAUCAUACUUACCCGUUGUUGCUUAAAGCUUGUUGUUGUCAGUCUUUAAAUUAUGUCGGUUUUGGUGUACUUGGGCACGUGUUGAAGUUUGGGUUUGAAUGUGAUGUAUUUAUUCAUAAUGCGUCGAUCACUAUGUUACUCUCGUUUGGAGAGUUGAGUGCAGCGUAUGAUGUGUUUAAUAGAAGUCGUGUGAGAGAUUUGGUAACCUGGAAUUCCAUGAUUACUGGAUGUGUUAAAAGGGGAAUGGUAAAUGAGGCUAUAAAAAUCUAUCGGGAAAUGGAGGCAAAGAGAGUGAAACCAAACGAGAUUACAAUGAUUGGGCUGAUUUCUUCUUGUUCUCAGUUGCAGGAUUUGAAUCUUGGCAGAGAGUUUCAUCGUUACAUUGAAGAACAUGAUCUCGAGUUGACAAUUCCACUCACUAAUGCACUUAUGGACAUGUAUGUGAAGUGCGGGGAAUUGUUGGCUGCACGAGCUCUAUUUGACAACAUGCCACAAAAGACCCUUAUUUCAUGGACUACAAUGGUUUUGGGAUAUGCCAGAUUUGGUUUUCUAGAUGUUGCACGGGAGAUUUUGUAUAAAAUUCCAGAAAAGAGUGUUGUACCGUGGAAUGCCAUCAUCAGUGGGUGUGUCCAGGCCAAGCAUAGUAAAGAGGCAUUGACUUUAUUCCGUGAAAUGCAAAUUAGUAUGGUAGAACCCGAUAAAGUGACCAUGGUGAACUGCCUAUCUGCAUGCUCUCAACUAGGAGUGCUUGACGUUGGAAUAUGGAUUCACCAUUAUAUUGAAAGACAUAAUCUUUCUCUAGACGUUGCCUUAGGAACUGCACUAGUCGACAUGUAUGCCAAGUGCGGAAAUAUUGCAAGGGCACUCCAGGUUUUCGAAGAGAUUCCUCAAAGAAAUUGUUUGACCUGGACAGCCAUCAUUUGUGGUUUAGCACUUCAUGGGAAUGCCCAGGUUGCUAUAUCCUAUUUCUCGAAAAUGAUUAAUAUUGGAAUAAUGCCUGACGAGAUCACCUUUCUUGGUGUGUUAUCAGCUUGUUGUCAUGGAGGUUUAGUUGAAGAAGGCCGCAAAUACUUUUCUGAAAUGAGCUCUAAAUUCAAUGUAUCCCCUAACCUUAAACACUACUCAUGCUUGGUGGACCUUUUAGGAAGGGCUGGUCAUUUGGAGGAAGCAGAAAAACUCGUUCUAAAUAUGCCAAUGCCAGCAGAUGCUGCUGUGUUGGGUGCUCUAUUCUUUGCUUGCCGUGUUCAUGGAAAUGUUAUAAUUGGAGAGAGGACGGCUUUUAAGCUUCUUGAGAUUGAUCCUCAUGAUAGCGGAAAUUAUGUUCUGCUUGCUAGCAUGUACAGUGAGGCAAAAAUGUGGAAGGAGGCAAGGAGCACAAGGAUAAUAAUGGAUGAGAGAGGAGUAGAGAAGACUCCGGGUGGCAGCUCAGUUGAGAUCAAUGGCAUUGUGCAUGAAUUUGUAGUGAGGGAUACGUCUCAUCCACAGUCUGAUUGGAUUUAUGAAUGUCUGGUUUCGCUAACAAAACAACUGGAGCUUCUCGAAUUUACAUGA